UCCAUUCGUCUCGCCUUGCCUCGUUCGCUUCUCCUCUCCUUCUCUCCUAUUUAUCCCCGAUCCGUUCCUCUCCCUAUAAAAGGCCCAAUAUUUUUUGGAUUUUUCACCUAUAUAUCUACGUUCCCACUACUUCCCGCCGAAGUACCUCGCAUCUCCGACCUCCAAUCGCCAGGGACAGCCUCGAAUUUGCAGAGAUUGCUGCUGUUCGACUUGGAAGAAUUUGGGGAUUUCUGUGUUUCAGUACAUAAAAACCUUUAAGAUCGCUGGUUUACAAGGAGGAGGAUUUGGAAAGUGGAGCAUGGCAGAUCAGGGCAUGGAUGAGAGCCAACCCGUCGAUCUCUCUAAGCAUCCUUCUGGCAUUGUUCCCACGCUUCAGAAUAUUGUUUCAACUGUUAAUUUGGACUGCAAGUUGGAUCUUAAAGCAAUUGCUUUGCAAGCUCGUAAUGCUGAGUAUAACCCGAAGCGUUUUGCUGCAGUUAUUAUGCGAAUACGAGAGCCAAAAACUACUGCAUUGAUAUUUGCAUCAGGAAAAAUGGUAUGUACUGGAGCAAAGAGUGAGCAUCAAUCCAAACUUGCAGCAAGGAAGUAUGCUCGAAUAAUUCAGAAGCUUGGAUUUCCAGCCAAAUUUAAGGAUUUCAAGAUCCAGAAUAUUGUUGGUUCAUGCGAUGUCAAAUUUCCGAUAAGACUGGAGGGCCUUGCAUACUCUCAUGGUGCCUUUUGCAGUUAUGAGCCAGAGCUCUUCCCUGGUCUGAUCUACCGGAUGAAGCAGCCGAAGAUUGUGCUCCUCAUAUUUGUCUCGGGAAAAAUCGUUAUAACAGGAGCUAAGGUGAGAGACGAGACGUACACUGCCUUCGAAAACAUAUAUCCAGUCCUAACAGAGUUUAGGAAAGCCCAGCAGUGAUGCGGACACAUUGGUGCUACUUAUCUGGAGUUGUAUCUGUACAUAAUGAAGAAGCUUUUGGGACGACGAUGACCUGACUGUCUGUUAGUCUCCUGUGCUGUGCUAAUGUUCUGGAGUUGAACCAGCAUUUGAAAUUUUGUUUGUGUUGUACACCUUGUUGAAGAGUCAUAAGAGCAAACAGGUUGUUUAACCAACAUUCCAAUGUAUCAAUGAAAACCUACCGUCGACAUCUAUGGGUUUUCUUCCCCUUGUUCGAAGAUUGUUGUUGUUGUUUGAAAAUGUGAUAUUGCAGGUUCAAUCUACUAAUAAAACUCUUGCUUGACA